UUGUUUUAUUUAUAUUUAAAACAUUACUAAAAGUAACCGUUGACUGGUCAAUUUGCUCAACCGCCGAUAGAUAAUGUAGUAAUUAUUACUCCACGUCAAGCAAGUAGCACUAAUCCAACUGGCUGCCCGCGUUCGCGUGUGACUCACCUUCCCCCAAAUUCUUCCACCAAUCAAAAUUUCUGAUUCCCGAUCGACCGCCGCCGCCGCCGCCGCUGCCGCUGCCGCUGCCGUCGCCGUCUGAGAAAAAAUCACGCCGUGCCUAAUCGUUUCCGUUUUCCUCAUUUGCGGAUACAUAGAAAUCCGAUCCAGGAGCGUGGUGAUGACGGACGCUGAUGCUGCGGCGAGUCUCCGUUCUUCAAUUGCACCGGCGAAUCUGCCUCUCAUCUCCGCCUUGCUCGCUUGCGCUAUCGCUCAGUUCCUCAAGCCGUUCACCACUUGGUUGAAAGACAAAAAAUGGGAUUCUAGAAGAAUGCUCAGUUCAGGUGGAAUGCCGUCAUCACAUUCAGCAACUGUAACGGCUCUCGCAACUGCAAUUGGCUUGCAAGAGGGAGUCGGUGCAGCAUCAUUUGCUAUUGCAGUUGUCUUGGCUUGCGUUGUAAUGUACGAUGCUACUGGCAUCAGACUUCAUGCUGGCCGACAAGCUGAGUUGUUAAAUCAAAUUGUGUGCGAAUUGCCUCCUGAGCAUCCCGUUGCUAAUGUCAGACCUCUUCGAGAUUCACUUGGUCACACCCCACUUCAGGUUACUGCUGGAGCUUUAUUCGGAUGUGUGGUAGCAUUUAUCUUGAGAAGUUCUACUUGAAUAAUUUCUCACUUUCCGAUGGAUGCAGCGGAAUAGCCCACACUCUUCCGAGUAAGGGAAAUAGGAAAAAAAAACGAAAAAAAAUUAAAAGCAUGAAGAAUCGUCAAUGAAGGUUUGAUUUUGUUUAUAGCUGCUUUCGAUUACAACUGAUAUUGUUGGGAUUUUAAGUUAAUUCAUUUGAAAUCGAUUGUACUCAGUUCGAAAAACAUUUUUGUUUUUUGUCCAAUAUUCUGUGCCUUAAUUAAUUUUGUUUUGGGCA